UGACAUGAAAAAAAAGAAGAGCACAGAGAAAAACGAAAAAAAAAUAUGUGAAAAAGUCAGAAUUUAGCCACAGAAAAACACAAACUGAUGGAAAAACAUAUUGUUAUUAAAGAAAAGGGACUAAAUCCUAAAUAAAUAUUAUUAAAUAUAAUAAAAACAAAUGUAGAAAAUUCUACAAAUAGCUAAGAAAACAAUAGUUAUUGUAUAAAAACCAAGCAAAAGAGUGCUGAGCAUAUUUAAGGUGCAUUAUGGCGGUUAAGGUGCAAUUCCAAAUUGGCCAUUCUUCAAAGUUACGCACCAAGAAGACUGUUGAGGGUUUCACCCAUGACUGGGAGCUAUAUGUUAAGGGAGUCCAACAGGCCGAUAUAAGUGCAUUUGUGGAAAAGAUUAUUUUCAAUUUACAUGAAUCGUUUCAAAAGCCCAAAAGAGUCUGCAAUAAACCACCCUAUGUCAUACAAGAAUCCGGUUAUGCCGGCUUUAUUGUCUUCAUAGACAUCUAUUUUCGCAAUCGUGAUGAGCCCAAAAAGGUGGAAUUUAACUAUGAUCUAGAUUUACAACAAACAGGGCCACCUCAAUAUCGUCACGAUGUUAAAACGUUUAUUUUCGAUAAUCCCUCGGAAGAGUAUCGUCAAAAACUUCUCAAGGGGGGUGGAGUGCCAGUGUCGGGGGUGGUGGGAAUACCAGCACCCACCCUUAAUAACAAUGUGGCUGUCAUGCCACCUACAACCACCUUAAAUCAUUCUCCGGGUGAGGGCCAUAAACAAUUAAUGUCAGAGGGUAAAAAACACAAGUCGCGACCAGACGAUAACAGAUCCAACUCGUUUGCCAGUCUCUUUGGACCACCGAUAACCAAAACUACUGCAGUAGCGCCCACAACUCCCAGCUCCAAACACUCGCCGGAUAAUAAAGCCGCCCAGUUAGCAGCUGCUGCAACACAUCAAUCUUCUGCGGGCCCUGCCUUACCGGUAGUUAAGGAAAAAUCUUCCAAAGAUAAAGAGAAAUCAUCGGAAAAAUCGAAAGAACGCUCGGAGAAAAAGGAAAAACAUCACAAACAAUCUCUCACCAGUCCCCACAAAGAAGGCCGAAGUGAAUCGAAAAAGUCUGAGAGCAGUAAACAUGAGAAAAGGGAUAAAACGGAGGAAAAGUCUAAGAAAGAUAAAAAUCGCGAUAAGGAUAGAGAUCGUGAUCGCGACAAGUCAGCGGGGGUAAAUAGCAACAAUAGUUCAAGCAACAUCAAAAAACCCUCUAGUCCUAAACAGGCCAGAGAACAUAGUCCGCACAAAUCUAUACCUGCUACUGCGGCAGCGGUGGCUACAAACCCUAAUAACACAAACACUAUACCGCGGCCUUCUUCAAGCAAUAGUGGCAAAAUAGAAGAAGUAAAAACCUCUUCAAAAUCUUCUAAAGAUUCCUCGGGUGAGGGCAAAUCUAAAGAAUCCAAACAAAAAGAAUCCUCUUCAUCAUCAAGUGGUAAGAAAUCCAAGAAAGAGAAAAAAGACAAAGACAAGGAAAGGGAUAAGGAGAAGCGCCAUGAAGAGAGAGGAAAACAAAAAUUGGCUGAAAGUCAACAAAGAGCGGCUGCCAAAGAAGACAACAAUAAAAACAAUAACACACUUAAUGCAAAUACAAACAACAUUAAUAAUUUGGAUACGAAAAACUCCAAAACAUCUACAAAUCCUUUAAACACAAAUGCCCCAAAUCAUACAAAUGAUGUGGGCGGUGUGAAACCGGAAAAGUUGUCUAAACAGGAUUUGUUUAAAACCAGCGAUAAGACAGCUUUAACAGCCACUACAGCAUCAACAGCACUGGCUCCACCGGCCCCACAUACAGGCCACAACUCAACGGACAAAAAAUCCUCGUCUGGCUCAUCUUUAAAUUCGAAUUCCAACCACCCAGAGAAAGAUAAACGUUCGCACAAGCACAAAAAGAAGGAAAAGAACAAGGACAAAGAUAAGGAUAAGGAUCGCGAAAGAGACAAGGAACGUGACAAGGACAAAGACAAGGAGAGAGAUAAAGACAAGGAUAAGGAAAAAGAAAAAGAGGCCAAAAAAGAAAAGGAGGCCAAAGAGAAGCAUUCGGAAGAAAAGUCAGCAGAAGUUUUAAACAACAACCAACAAAAUGCCAAUGCUACAAAAGUUUUACCCACAACACCAGCCACCACAGAUAAUACAGCAACAGAAGAGCCAGCUAAUGCAAACGCCUCAACGGUACCCAGCUCCUCCAUUACCAAUGCAUCUGCUUACACCACCCCCGCAGUAACCUCUUCCGCCUCCUCGUCAUCAUCUACUAAAUCGUCUAAAAAUAAAGAGAAGAAAUCCAAAGAUAAAUCAUCCUCUAAGGAAGAAAAACACAAACAUAAAUCAAAUGACCUGGAUGCUGGUGAAUCUAAGGCAAAGCACCCCAAACUAAGCAGUAGCAGUAAUUCCACACAUACCGCUUCUUCUUCUUUGUCAACUUCCUCCUCCUCUUCAAGCGUCUCCGCCACCCUAGCAAAUGCUACAAUAAAUCCCCCGGCUGCUAUUGCGGCAGAGCCUAGCAUUAAAACAACACAACCAGCCAACAAUGCGGUAGACAAAAAAUUAAAUUUAGAUUUAAGCGAUACUGAUAGUUUACCAGCCGCUACUAUGGAGGGGGUAACUCCUCUGCCGAAUGACUCCAUAAAAACAACAACAAAACCAUCACUGCAACCCUCCCUCGUAAUCACACAUUCAGACAGCUCUAAUUCAAGCUUUCCCGACUUACCGCCACCCAAACAACAACAACAACAGUCUGCAGCAAAACCAGUCCCAGUCCAAGAAAGAUCAAAAACUUUCACGGCUCCACCGGCCGUGGCGCCGGUUCCCUUACAAUCGCCAGCCCCAAAAGAACCUCCCAAAAUCGUUAAGCCUGCCGCCAAAAAGAAACCGUUGGACAAACCUCCCAAAGAAGAAGAAAGGGAUAAGAAAAGACGUCGCAACUCAGUGGCGGUUAAUACGUUUAUCGAACCACCACUGAAGCAAUUGAAAACUAAAGAACAACAAAAUAAAUCAAUAAGAGAAAGAAGGGCCAGUAUAUCAGUAGAGGCUUCUACCACAUUCUUGCAGCCCAGUGCUUCACCCUCUAGUACGGCGGCAGCAGCACCGUUGCCACCACCCUCUUCAGCACCAUCGGCUGCUCAUUCACCCGCCUUAAGUGCCACCGAGGCGGUGGGCAAUGCCACCAGUGCCACGGCUAAUGCCGCCACAUGCAACAGUAAUUCGACACCCUCGUCGACGACAAAUUCAUUGGGUUUGGCGCCACCACAUCAACUGCCUCACGACUAUCUGAGUGAAUUACAGGAGUUGCAUCACAAAAUCAUGACUCUACAAGACAAUGAAGAUCUCCAACAUGUUGUUGAACUAAUUGCGGCCACGGGCUGCUAUGAGAUUACAACAAAAACAUUUGAUUUCGAUUUGUGCAAAUUGGAUCGUGGCACCGUUCAGCGUUUGCAAGAGUUUUUCGCUACCUCAGUUUCGUGACAUAGAAUUCAUGUGUAAAAGAGAUGAUGAUGAUGAUGAUGUUGAUGAUUAAAAUAAUUUUGGUUUAAAAAUUCCAAUUCAUUGUGUUUUUAAGGCUCUUUGGAAUAAUACGCAGACAGACAUAUUUAUGCAUAGAAAGUAAUAAAAAAUUUAAUUUAAAUGAAAAUUUCUUAAACAAACAAAAGGUAUUUUUAAACAUUAAAGAAAAACAAAACAACACAAAAUCAAUUUAAUAUUAAAUAUUAUAAAUAAAAUUUAAAAAUAUAUAUAUUUUGUUGCACAAGAUACUAAACAAUAAAAUAAACAAAAAAUUAAAACAUAAACCAACAAAGAUCAAUUGAAAACAAUGAGUGCUUAAGUAUAAAAAUAAUUAUAAUGAAAUUAUUUAUUAAUUUUUUUUUACAAAAUAAAAAAUAAAAAUCUUGACACACCUAUCCACUCCUAUAAAAAUGUAUACCUAUAUAAAAGAAACACACAAUAUUAUUAUUAAAGCCCCAAAUAAAACAUACACAUUUAUUAUUAAAACAAAAAUGCAAAAAAAAAAUAAGUAAAAACCAAAUAAUUGCAAAGAAUAUAAAACUAGAUAUUAAAAAUAUUAAACAUACAUAAAUAAAUGUAAAACAGAACAAAACAAAAUAUUAAAAAAAAAAUAUUUUAAAAAUAAAUGUUAAAAAUAUUUAAACAAACAAACAACAUCUAGCAUGGAAAAUAGAUGAUUAUGUUAAAACAUACCCCAUAUUUAAACUAAGAACCUGUUUAGAAUUUUUAUUAUGAAUAAAUGAAACUUAUUAAGUUAAAUAUUUCUUUAUAUUAGAAAACCCUUGAUCCUGCUAUG